UCAGCGUUUCAAUCAUGUACUGAGAUGCUGUCAGAGGAUCUCCUCUUCCUCUGAGAUGCUGUCAGCACCAUGUAAUACCAGGGGGUGUCCUCUUCCUCUUCCUCUGAGAUGCUGUCAGCACCAUGUAAUACCAGGGGGUUUCCUCUUCCUCUUCCUCUGAGAUGCUGUCAGCACCAUGUAAUACCAGGGGGUGUCCUCUUCCUCUGAGAUGCUGUCAGAACCAUGUAAUACCAGGGGGUGUCCUCUCCUCUUCCUCUGAGAUGCUGUCAGCACCAUGUAAUACCAGGGGGUGUCCUCUCCUCUUCCUCUGAGAUGCUGUCAGGACCAUGUAAUACCAGGGGGUGUCCUCUCCUCUUCCUCUGAGAUGCUGUCAGCACCAUGUAAUACCAGGGGGUUUCCUCUUCCUCUUCCUCUGAGAUGCUGUCAGCACCAUGUAAUACCAGGGGGUGUCCUCUUCCUCUGAGAUGCUGUCAGAACCAUGUAAUACCAGGGGGUGUCCUCUCCUCUUCCUCUGAGAUGCUGUCAGCACCAUGUAAUACCAGGGGGUGUCCUCUCCUCUUCCUCUGAGAUGCUGUCAGGACCAUGUAAUACCAGGGGGUGUCCUCUCCUCUUCCUCUGAGAUGCUGUCAGCACCAUGUAAUACCAGGGGGUUUCCUCUUCCUCUUCCUCUGAGAUGCUGUCAGCACCAUGUAAUACCAGGGGGUGUCCUCUUCCUCUGAGAUGCUGUCAGCACCAUGUAAUACCAGGGGGUGUCCUCUCCUCUUCCUCUGAGAUGCUGUCAGGACCAUGUAAUACCAGGGGGUGUCCUCUUCCUCUGAGAUGCUGUCAGCACCAUGUAAUACCAGGGGGUCUCCUCCCCUCUGAGAUGCUGUCAGCACCAGGUAACACCAGGGGGUGUCCUCUUCCUCUGAGAUGCUGUCAGCACCAUGUAAUACCAGGGGGUCUCCUCCCCUCUGAGAUGCUGUCAGCACCAAGUAACACCAGGGGGUGUCCUUUUCAGUUGGCCAUAAUGUUCCCUUGCAUAUCAUAUGAAGACAAUAUAAUGCAACUGGAUUGUAGUCCUAUCCUGAAGGCUCCAAUAAUGUUUCUCCACUUCACAGGACUGGCCACCUGUGGAGGCUGGUCAGGUAAUGUUGAAUAAUACAUUUAAUAUUAUUUUAGUAUAUUUUACAAUAGAUUAAUGUAGGCAUAUUGCAUUUAUAGAGAAUAUCAGACCAUGUGUAUGAGUAUAGGGCAGGGGCUGUUUUCACUUUGAGCAUUCAAGGAGCCAUGGCUGGGUUCAUGAGAACAGUCUGUUGAAGCAAUUUUUUUACACACCCACCAUAACUGCUUUCAAAUCUGUUAUGGCUGCUGAAUAAAAUAUGGUACUAUAAUUACCUCUGCUCGGAGAGGUUGUGUCUGACAUAUAUUAUUCAAGUCCUUUAUGUGUACUCUCUCCUCUUUCUCUUUGUAUCUCUCUCCUGGUCUCUCUUGCUGCAGCGCAGAGAAGCGCUCAUGACAGCGCCUUUUGAAGACGGUGAACGUAAAAACGGCUUUAGGACCGUGAGGAGCGCUUCUGGAGAAGCACAUGGUCUCGUUCUCGAAAGACAACACUUUGCUAGUCUGUAAAUUCCUUUGGAGAGGAACACCCAACUGAUGUCGCUGGAAGGAGAAUGCGCGACCACCUAUUUUAAUAUAUUUCUACUUCAUGGCACGUUUACUGGUCGAAUUGUCGGGCUUCUCUCCAAAGCUCAUGAUGCGCUUUUGACAUCAUUGGAUGUAAAGUCUGUUACAGGGGAGUCGGAGGUUGUUGGAGAGGAGUGGAGUGGAGUGGGGGGAGGACUGAGAAGGAUUUCCUAACGGUCUCUCUUUCCUCAUACUUGAUCAUAUUUCAUGAAGUCAUUUGGGUGUUACACAUCAGCUGUUCCACUGUAACUAGGCUAUAUUAUGGUCGUGCUGUGGUGAGCCAGUUGGAUCCUCUCGACCCGUUCAUCCGCUGCCGUGCACCCGCACCAUGACCUACCGGCGGACCUACGGGAGUCAGACCCACUGGAGUCAGAAGUUUACAGUGUUUUUGAUAGCACUUCUUGUCUUGUCAAUUACAAUAUGCGUCGGUGAAGAUGUGCGCUCCUCCAACAAGACCACUGAAGGGAAGCCCUUUACCACAACCAAUCAGCAGAGGUCUACUGCCAAGCUGAAACACCAUGGGACAACUGUACCUCUCCUAUUGGUCGGAGAAGAAUGGAGACCAAUCACUCUGCUCCAAUCACAGGGCCAUCCUGCAUCUCUGAAGGUACUGAUAGAAACAGAGGAGGAACAGCUGCUCCUGACUCUGGAGAAAAACCAUGGUCUGUUUGCGAGUCACUACACAGAAACACACUACCUGGAAGACGGCAGCGCGGUCACCGGCUCUCACAACCUCACGAUGAACUGCUAUUACCACGGAGAGGUGCAGGGACAUAUCUAUUCUGAGGUCAGCCUCACUACCUGCUCAGGUCUCAGGGGCUUCAUCUCACUUGAAAACAGAUCCUAUGUGUUGGAGCCGUCAACUGAUCCCUCCAGUGGAUCCCACAGGAUCUACCGGUCAGAACACCUCAACCUCACACCUGGCUCGUGUGGCCACGGCUUCAACAUAUCUCUGGCUCCUGGAGACACCCAGAACACCCACAACCAAUCAGACAGCCCCUUCAGAGCCUUCAGCACCAGGCACAGGAGACAUGCCCAGAGCACCACCAAGUAUGUGGAGCUUAUCAUCGUAGCGGACAACAGAGAGUUCCAGAAACAAGGGAAGGAUGUGGAGAAGGUCAAACAGAGGCUGGCUGAGAUCGCCAAUUAUGUGGACAAGUUCUACCGUGCCCUGAACAUCCGUGUAGCUCUGGUGGGGUUGGAGGUGUGGAGCGACCAGGAUAGGUGUCCUAUCACCCAGGAUCCCUUCACCACCCUGCAUGAGUUCCUAGACUGGAGGAAACUCAAACUGCUGCCCAACAGGCCUCACGAUAAUGCACAGCUAGUCAGCGGGGUGUACUUCCAGGGUACCACCAUCGGCAUGGCGCCCAUCAUGAGCAUGUGCACAGCAGAGCAGUCUGGGGGCAUCGUCAUGGAUCAUUCGGACAACCCCCUGGGAGCAGCGGUUACUCUGGCCCACGAACUGGGACACAACUUUGGAAUGAACCAUGACACUCCAGAGCGGGGGUGUGGCUGCAGGGUGACGGUGGACCGAGGAGGCUGCAUCAUGACCCCCUCUACAGGGUAUCCAUUCCCUACAGUAUUCAGCUCCUGUAGCAUAAAGGAUCUGGCUGCCAGUCUGGAGAAGGGAGUGGGGAUGUGUCUGUUCAACAUGCCUGAGGUCAAGGUGCUCUACGGGGGACAGAAGUGUGGCAACGGAUACGUGGAGGAAGGAGAGGAGUGUGACUGUGGAGAACUGGAGGAGUGUAUGAACCCAUGCUGUAAUGCAACAACCUGUACUCUGAAGCGGGAUGCUGUGUGUGCUCACGGACAGUGCUGUCAUGACUGCCUGCUGAAACCAGCGGGCACCCCGUGCAGGGAUUCCAGUAACUCAUGUGACCUGCCAGAGUUCUGUACCGGCGCCAACCCCCAUUGCCCUGCUAAUGUAUACCUGCACGAUGGGCACACCUGCCACAACGUGGACGGACACUGCUACAACGGGAUCUGCCAGACACACGAGCAGCAGUGCAUUACUCUCUGGGGCCAGGGAGCCAAGCCAGCCCCAGGGAUCUGCUUUGAGAGAGUCAACUCAGCAGGAGAUCCCUAUGGGAACUGUGGGAAGGAUUCCAAGGGAUCCUUUGCCAAGUGUGAAGCUCC